GAAGGGGGAGGGUGAGUCGGUGAGAUGACCAAUGACAGAUCAACCUCGCAUUGAUUGACAACAGGAUUCGUAUUUAAAUUACCUGUCCCAUUCAUCUGACAGUGGAUGUAGCGCCGUGAUCAAGGGUGGAGAUGAUUACGUCUCCAGCAAUGCUGAUUGGGAGCCUGUGCUCGCUUGUGCUGCUCCCAGGCUUUCUGGAAGCCACCUCGCUGAUGAAGCUCAUAAGACAGCAAGCAGAACCAGCAGGGGUGAGCGCUGUGAGUAUCAGCUCAGACGAGGCUCAUGAUUUCCUAUCUCACUCGCGGCCCAAGCGCAACAUUGACCCCAAGUGGUACCACAACAGUCCUGACUUCCAAGCCUACUACCGCUACUACAACAGCAUCGGACACACAGAGGGGCUGUAUGAAAUCGACCGGAUCAGGAUGUUGUACCAGCAGAUGCGACAACUCGAGCAUGUCUACGGGCCCAAUGCCUCCUUCUACCAGAGCAUGAUGGGCCUGCGCAUACCAAAGUGUGACCCAUCAAAGGAUAAGAAAUGCAAAGUCAUACACCAAGUGGCCAUGGCGGCCCCCCCACCCCCACCUCUCUCCCAGGCUGACGUUGUCCAUCUCUGCAACUCCAAAGACCCCCUGUGCAAGCCCCACAUAGUCUACCUGCCCAGUGGGGCUAUCCCUGUGCUCUGUGACCCCCGCUACAAUGCUGCCUGUCGCCCCAACAAGGACGAGGCCCCGGCAUCUCCUGCUCCUCCCCCUCCCCUCAAAAAAUCCCCCCCGCCUCCACCUCCUAAAAAAUUCCCCCCACCUCCUCCGCCUGCUCCAGUCCGGGCCUAUAAAGGGAUGGAGUAUGAUUGUGAUCCCUACUGGGACCCUGACUGCCUGAUUGACCACCCACCCAGGGCAUUCAAAGGGAAGCCCGGACCACCCCCACCCACUGAUGAUGAGGAAGAUGAAGAGGAGGAAGCUGAGGAAGAGCCGGACCAGCCUGCACCAGGGCCCCAAAAGAAGGCUCCUUAUCCCUAUUACUAUCAGCAUGAGCUGUUUGAUCCCUACCGGUAUUCCAACCCUGCCUCUGGCGGCCAAUAGGCUCUGGCCUUUAGGGAUGGGAUCUGGAAUAAACCUCUGGGAUUUCAUGAUUUUUAAGGACAGUCCCAGGCUGACAUGCACAUUGAUUCCAGAUUGCCCCCCCCCCCCCAAAUGCACCUCCACACCCACACACAUAAUCCUUCAAAAAUACUUUAAUUUUAUUAUUUUUUUGUUUGUUUUUUUAUAUAUAUUUUGUGGAAAUGUGUUGCUUAUGGAAUGGAAAAUUAUAACAAAUUUACUCCUGAAAGUCCACCCCCAUAUCUGUGUCCUUCUUAUAAGGUUACUUAAUCAGUAUUUAGAAUAAUCACCAAAUUAUAGUGUAAGGAAUCAAAUUACCCAGUAUUAUGGUGAUGAUGUUGAUGAUGAAUAAACAUGUUUUCCAUGUU